AUGGCUCUGUCACACACUGGCCAGUCCUCCCUUGUGCACAGCUUGGCUACGCUGCUACGCAACAAUGGCGACGUGGUGCUGGACGGCAGGAGCACGCUGACCCUGCCCGCUGCCCACCUGCAGCAGCUCACCCGGCUCUUCGAGCAGUACCUGCUGCCCCGGAGCCAGCAGCACGGCUUCCUGGCGCUCCCCUCCCACCCGGCCGACACCGCCUCCCUGCUGCAGCUGCAGUUCCUCUUCGACAUCCUGCAGAAGACCGUCUCCCUUAAAGUAAGCUCCCGGAAUCCUCUGGAAGGAAUCAAUUUCGUCCGAUUACGAUGUUGUGACACAGGGGUGGCCCUCAUGAACCCACCUGGACUGAGACUCCAGUCUGCCGUGAAAAUCUUCCCUUUCAAGUCCCUCAAGUGUUUGGAGCUUAAGAGAAUCCCCCCGCACCUCUUGGAGGGACUCAGAGGAGUCUAUUCCCAGCUGGAGGUCUUUACUUGCUCUAAGAGCCUCAGCUCCCUGGAGGAGCUGCUUUCCCUAUGCGGAGGAGAUCUCAGCUCGGCUCUGCCUUGGCUUGAACUGCACACCCUGAACUUCAGCUACAACUCCAUCGUCUGCCUCGACCAGUCACUAAGUUUACUGAACGUCCUCAAGUCUCUGGACCUGAGCCACAACAAGAUCCAGGAGUGCGCCGAAUUCCUGAAGAGGGCGCCCACGCUUGGCCCGGGCGCCAGGGCCACGCUCCUCACGCUCGUCCUCCGGAAUAACGAGCUGGAGACCAUUAACGGUGUGGAGCAGUUAUCUUCGCUCCAGCACUUAGACCUGGCCUAUAAUCUUCUCUUGGAGCACUCCCAGCUGGCUCCUCUCUCCAUGCUGCACUGCCUCACCACAUUGAAUCUGGAGGGGAACCCGCUGUUCUUCCAGAGAACGCACCGCCUCAGCACCGUCCCUCAUCUCUCCCCGAAGGCCGCCGGCCACCGACUAAAACUCGAUGGGAUCCAGCUGUCCUCGUCUGAGAUAUCCGUUCUGCCAAAAUCGGGCCAGCGUCUCAUGCCCGAGCAGCCCCCGCCGGCGUCCGGCUUCCCGGCGCCACGGAACAAUCCGGAAUUGUCCAGCGGGGCCGGGGAGCUGAGCGACAGCCUCUCCGUGGGAGAGGUGGCGGUGUCCCGCCUCCGCAAGAGGAAAUCCAGGAGUAAGGUGAAAGUGAGGAGGGCCAGCAUAUCCGAGCCCAGCGACACGGACUAUGAUGCCCGAGCUCUUUCCUCCGCACAGGGCAUCGCUCUCCCCCACCAGCAGGAGAUCGAGCGCAUGUCCAGCUUCAGGGAGCAACUGGGGGAAGACUGGCUCAGGUACCAGCACCACCUAGACGGAGGACCCCCGGUCAUCGUGACCGGUUCCAGCCAACAGGCCGCCCGCUCUCAAGGAACAUCCAACGGUCCGGACGCCUCCGCCUCCCCCCCGUCGUCUCCCCCGGCCGACCCGGAAGCGGACUCCACCCUCCAGUGGCCCGACCACGUCGGCCAGACAACGGAGUCCACCCUGGACGGCGGCGAGGCGGUCACCGUCGGGCCGGAGGAAGAGGAGGCGGGCGCCCCGCCGUCCAGCCCCGACUCCCAGAGCGGAGACGCCCCCCAGGAGGAAGACGAGGACCUAGGAGUGGACCUGUGUCACCCCCUGCUCGUCGGGGUGCCGCCCGACCAGGAGGGAGACGGCGGAGGGCCGGGGGGGGGCGGCGAGGAGGAGCGGCAGGAGGUGUUCCUGCGGGUCAAGCAGGGCCUGCUGCUGGAGGUGGACACGCAGCACGGCCGGGAGAGGCGCCGCCUGGAGCUGGACAGCCUGACCCGGGCGGAGAGCACGGAGGCGGCGUGGACCCGGGGGGAGACGGAGACAGAGACGACGCUUCCGGCCGUGGAGCUCCACUUCGAUUACAUCAGCAAGGCCAAACGAAUGAGACGCUACGUCCUGCUGGACGACGACCCCCAGCAGGCAGCGCAGGACCUGACGGAGGUGCUGGCCCGCGUGGCGGACGACAACCGGCGCCGCCGCCUGGCCCCCGGCCGCUUCCGCCUGCAGUGCCUCCGCUGCCAGGCGGACGACCACGUGGUGCAGGUGGCCGAGCCGGCACCCCCCGACAGAAGCAGCACCCCCGUCCACCGCGGAGACGAGCCCCCCCACCCGGACCUGGACCUGGACCGGAGCCUGGGCAGUAAAGUCUCGGACUUUGAAGCCGUGGACCACCGGCUCCAGCUCUUCCUGGACGUGGAGGUCUUCGAAGAGGAAGAGGAGCUUCACUCCUACCUCAAGAUGUCAGCUGUCAAAUUCGGGGAGCCCGGGGAGGUUCCCUCGCUGCUGGUCGUGUCGAACCAGAGGAUCUACUUCCUGGAAGUGACAUCAGACGUUCACGGAGCCCCGCUCACCGAUUGGCUGCAGAAGAAGGACAGCUACCCAAUCCUGGACCUCAGCUACCUGGAGGUGGGGCUGGGCUCGCAGAGCAUCCACAUGGAGUUCGGGGACGGGGAUGUGGCGUACACGCUCCUCCUGAGGGACAGUGCACGCUGCAAGAGCUUCUUCGGCGUCCUCACGGGUAUUGUUCGUGAGAUGGCCCACAAAUCGGACAGCAAGCUGAGAUCCAUCUCCACCACGCGGCUGUCCCCCCAGCACCACCUCUGGCCUUUGGUGUGCGAAGACAUCCAAGCAGAUGUGGAGGACGGACAGCUGCAGUUCUUCUACAUCCUGGCGUUCGUCCUGCAAGAGGACGUUUGGAUUCCCAUGACGGUCCUGGCGACCCGAGAGACCCUCUACCUGCUCAAAGAGGACCACCAGUGGAGGAAAGACAGCUCGGGAGCGGAUGAGGGCAAAGAGCCGUGCAGCGGGAGCUACGCCGUCCUGGAAAGCCUGCCAAUCAGCUGCACGGUGAAGCAGGAGAAGAGGUGGUGCGUGCGCUCGGAGAGCGGCGAGCUCCUCCGGGGCCUGCUGGCCUGGGUCAGGGCGCAGUGGGAGACCAUGUUCGGUGUAAAGCUCCACACCAGCCUGCAAGGAGAAGCGGCGUAA